AUGCUGUCCUUUUUUACUCAGAGUCAAUCAUCUUCACAACCUCCUGCUAUCCCUCAACACAGCGGGGUUCAAAGUGUACACAGUGAGACAAACCCAUCAGGUUCUCCAGACCCAUUUGACGUUACCAGGGGCAGGUUCGUUGAUGACGCCUCUUUUGAUGCAGAGUCCGCAUUCGCGCUGCAAGACCAAGGGGACGAGUGGAGUGACCAUUCGGAACCAGAGCCAGAAACCUCCUAUCGCCUCUUCGACUCUUCAGAUUACCAGCCCCUGGCGUGCAGAGUCUUGAACGCCCUUGGUCUCCAAUCCACUCCAACUGCAGCUUCCACUCCCGCUUUAAAACGGGCCAGGGUCUCGAAAUCCCCUACGCCAGCUGAAAACUUCCUCCCUGUCCCAGACCCCAUCGCUAAACUGGCCAAGGACGAAUGGUCCCACCCCUUACAGGCACGCCGAUUUAAUAACAUUGCGGACAGACUUUAUCCUUUGGCCCCGGACUUUUCUACCAGACUGGCUGUCCCUAACAUCGACGAGCCUAUUUCCAGUUUAGUUUCCAGGUCCCUCUUGCCGAGGGAAGGGGACUCUCAUCUAAAGGAUGCCACUGAACGGAGACUGGACUUUGCUUUACGCAAGACCCAUGAGGCCAUCGCCUUUUCCAUGCGUGCAUCCACAUCUGCCUCUAUUUUCACCAGGGCAGCGAUGAUGUGGUUAGACGACCUCAUCGAGGACCACAAUCCAGAUCCUGCCUCCCUGCGCAGAUCGCUACUAAAACUGCGUAAAACAGCUGCUUUCGUGGCCGACGCCACCUUGGACGCGAAUCAACUAGCAGCACGCGCCCUGGCGGCUCAGAUCGUUGCCAGACGGACCCUCUGGCUUCGUCACUGGCAGGCUGACUCUACUGCCAGAGUUAAUCUUUCACGAGCACCUUAUGCAGGCUCAUUACUUUUCGGGGAAGAGGCAUUAAGGGCAGUGCUUGUUGACCCUAAGGACACUCGAAAGCCUGUCUUGGCCACCGUCAAAAACGUCGAGCGCAGACCCUUUAGACGUUUCGCUUCAUAUCGCACAUCUCAGCCCUUUCGGGGAACCCGGCCCAGGGGACGAGGCCGCGACUUCCCAGCAUUUGACUUCCGUUCCACCAGAGGAGGCUGGAAUAGACGUUUCCCCAGUAGAGGCCCAUGGCUGGCUAGUCAACUUUGACAAAAGCCAUCUACAACCAACCCAACGACUGCAGCAUCUAGGG